AUGGCUUUCAUCACCAAGGCCUCCCUGUUCCUCGUCAGCGCGACUAUUGCAAGACUUGCAAGUGCUACCAACCUCUACGUCUUCCCAAACUCAGAUUGCGACAAGAGCGGCUACUACAACACAAUCUAUACAUCUGAAGGCACAUGCUCCAGCACGAUCACCUCGGGGGACGACAAUUUCCAGAAGGUUGGCAACACUUCUGAUGUAUACCAAAGCUGGGCCCUCGUCGACGAACAGCUAGAUCAUGGCUGUGGGGUAGUCAUUGGACAGGGAUCCGGCGACGGAGUUCCGCCAGCCUGUGGCUCAUGUAUCCUUCUUCUGCACAACGCCGGCCAGUGCGUUGAAGUGGACAUCAAAGCAGACUACUUCUCAACUCAGUGUUGCGGUCAGGAAUGUCAGAAUCUGUGCUCACAAAUUMCAGGGAAGCGGACUCUCGGUGAGACUACAGAAGCUCCGGAGGCCAAGGAGGCUGAGACAGCCAAAACUACACCCGACAUUGGGAAUUUGAAGAACCGUUCCCCGGUUUCUUCCUUGAAGAAGCGCAGCGACUGCAAGUUCUCCCAGAGCGGUGGUCUCUAUUCGCAGGUUGGGGCCCCCGUCAAGGUCUCACCGACCUAUAACACCUGCCCGAGUGAAAACGGUUGUUCGAACAUGUAUUCUGGCACGAUUGAAUCAAGCUUUUCGCAGGGUUUUGAUGUCAGUGAAUCUACUGAAGCCGGACUCUUCAAAGUUGUAUCUGAGACCGUCACAUUUGGCUACAGUGCUACUUGGGAAGAGUCCAAGUCUUCCACCGUACAAAGCUCCGUCACCUUCAAUCAAGGUCAAUCGGGCUUCAUAACCUUCAGUCCUUUGUCCCAAUGCACCCGUGGUACUUUCUCUGGAGCUGACUGCGAUGGUAUGGGCAUCCCUGCUGGUGGUGAUCCACGUGCUGCUUGCGUUCCGGAAAUCCUUGAAGGUGGUCUGCCUAAUGGCGACAUCAACGUGGUUACGGUUGCUUGA